AUGAACCACUCCGCAACCAUGUCCAUGAUUGAUUUAGUGAAAAAAACGACACAACAUGUUUGCGAACAACCCUCCACUCAUGUCCGAAUCAAUUCACGAGCUCUUGAAAAAACAUGUGAAAUUAUUUCUCAACACAUUCAUCAAAAAUUGAAACAACAACAACAACAACAAAUUGGAACACUCACCACAAACUCAACAACUCCCUCACUCAUUGAAUCUCUCUUCAUUGAAUGGGACAAUGAUACCUUACAUUACAGAAAUUUACAAGAACCAUCUCUUACUUGCCAAUACAUUCUCGUUCUCUCUUCCAUUAAUUUCUGUUUUUGGCCACAUAAUGAUUCCAAUCCCAAUGAUGAAUUUGAAUAUGGACAUUUGGCAGGUGCCUUACGGAAAGUAUUAACACAAGAUCCGAAUGCCUUUCAUGCUCUUGCUCUUUCACAAUUAUCCGAGGAGAAAUUUAUUCAUGAAUGGAUGAAUGGAGUAAAAGUUCCACUCGUUUCAGAACGUGUACGAUUGAUACGAGAAGUGGGUUCUGUUCUAUUGGAACAUUUUGAAGGAAGUGCUUUUCAUUUGAUUCAAUCUGCUCAAAAGGGUGUCAAAAAAUUGGUCUCUCUCAUCACUCAAUAUUUUCCAGGAUUUAGAGAUUCUUGUAUUUACUCGAAAACUGGACAUCAAAUUCAUUUCUAUAAGAGAGCACAAAUAUUUUGUGCAGAUAUUUAUGGAUGUUUUAGAGGUGAAGGAAUUGGUGAAUUUGAAGAUAUUCAUGAAUUGACCAUGUUUGCGGAUUAUCGAGUACCACAAUUAUUGAGUAGCAAUAUUCAUUUCAUUGAGAAUAUGAACACUAUUAAUGCUACUGUUAAUGAUAUGACAAAUAUUAAUGAUGAGGAUGAGAAUGUAGUACUAGUCUAUAGUUCAGAAUUGAAAGAUAAAAUUGCUCGACUACAACCAUUGGAGUAUAGUUCCCAAAUGGAAGUUGAAAUUCGAGCAUUUACCAUCCAAGCAGUGGAACAGAUGAGACAAAUUUUACUCGAAAAGCACAGGAUCAAAUGUUUGAGUAUUGAGAUUGAUUGGAUGUUGUGGCAAAUUGGUGAAAAUGCAAGAAAGACCAUCAAGCCUCAUCAUCGAACACUUUCCAUUUAUUAUUAA